GUCCAAUCCAAAUCAAAGCGCACUCAAUAUGGCAAACAACUUCGACUCUGCAACCACUUUUCGCUCCCGUACCUACUGGGUUGUAGCUUCACGGUAGAGCCGCGAGAUAGAGGCCCACUGAGAUUUACGAACAAGAUGGCGUGGCGCUGAUGUUGCGCAGCAGCCCUUCGACGAAAUAUUUGGAGUGUGUCGCAGUUGGGUUUUGCGAGGCCGAGGAGAUUCAAGGUGGCGGGGUUCCGUGUGUGUUUUGCUUGGCCAAGGGGCUGCGCGCGCGUUGAUGAAAAGGGGCGCGCGCACCAGGACACGAGUCAGCGGGCCGGCCUGUGGCGCCGAAUGCAGUCAGGCUGCCCUGCUAGUUCAGCAGACCUUCACCGCGCAGCAUUCAAUCGCCAAACAAGGAAGUGCAGGACCGGCCGCCUGCGCUCCAAAAACACGCAACCCGUUGCCCGCGCCAAAUCGCUACCGCUAGCGCCCCGCGGCAGUCGCCUGGCCGUAAUCUGCCCCCUUUAACCGGGCGGACCGCCCGAAUUUCUCCGCCCCUGUGCGCAGCAGUAUGCCGCCGGGCCGCGCCUACCCUUCGUUCUGGGGGGGAAAACAGGCGGGCGGUGGGCACAAAGCCGCCGCCGCCCGGCCCAGCCAACCUCGCACCUUCGCGCCGCCCUUGCUGAGCAAGGCGGCAACGGAGGAAAGCGCUGGGCGUGUUGUUGUGGCCGCGCGCCAUGCGGUCACCCACCCAGCCAAGCGCGUGGGGCCUUUCUUUCGUUGGCCGCCUGCUCAGUUGGUUCGCUCGCUUUUUGCUGUUGCCCAGGGCGGACAAAGCCGCCCGCCCGGGUUUGGCGCCCGCCGGCCCCCUUUCCUGACGAGACGGGUGUUUUACCCGCCGAAAAUGCGAAGGGGCUGGCCGCUGGCAGCGUGGGGGUGGGACGGGAGCUGUUUUCCCGAACCGGCUCUGUGUCGCAGGGGCGGAGCUGUCUCUGCCUGCUUUGCAUUUGCAAACUGUUGUGGUGCGUGCCGCACUUUGUUCAAAUGGAUGCCGGCUGAGGAGUGUCUGGGCCACCAGAGUGUUUAGCCUAGAGAGGGCGCGCCGCGUACG